AUGAAGUGUCGUCCAGAAAUGCAAUUGCUGCUUGGAUUAUCACUUGGAUUCGCUUGGACAUUGGCCAUAUCAGACGAGCAGUUUAAUGCCCAGUUUGUGGAUCAAGUGUUGAGGAAUGUGAAUGACAGCGUUGAGCCUUGUGUGGAUUUCUACAGUUAUGCGUGCGGUAAUUGGAGUGAGAAUUACAAGGACACGGAAAACUACUUGGAUAUGCCGGGUUAUAUGGAUUACAAAUACAACACACAGUUGUUGGGAGCGUUGCAGAUGCAACAUCAGCAAGGUGGCAUUUAUGAUAUGCUUUGGUCAUACUACGUAUCCUGUCGGGACUUGAACGAGCCGGCGCUCAAUGAGUUGUUGCAUCUGCUGGAGCCGCAGCUGCAACUGGAGUGGCCAAUCUUUAAGAGCAAUCACAGUGAGAUUUGGCGCAAUGAAACCGAAUUUGAUUGGCUGGCAACGUUGGCCAAGUUGCGCUCUUAUGGCCUCAAUGGUGUCUUUAUCAAACAGGAUGUGAAUGUGCGACGCGAGAAUGGUUCGCAUUAUGUGAUCAUGUUGAUGCCACAAAUCGCUGAUGCAACGCCGCUGAUCGAACAGAAUAUACUUGAUUUAUAUGUGGCUUUUGGUGUGGAUGAGCAGUUGGCCCGGAAUCUAACAGCCAAACUCAUGCAGCUUGAGUGGCAAGUGGCUAACUUGACGCAUCAAAUGGAGUUGCAACCAAUGAGCAACCUUAUCGAAUGCACGUUGCCAGAGCUGCAACAACACUUGCCCCAAAUCAACUGGAGUCAUUAUCUGACAAAUCUACUGGAACAGCCGCCAGAUGCGUUGCAGUUGUUGCAAGUGUCAACGCUGAACGAAAGCUAUGUGCAACAACUGCAACAAAUAUUCAAGCAGACCUCCAACGAGACCAUCUGUUACUAUCUCAUGUUCAAGUUGCUCUAUGCACUCAUCGAUGAGCUACCCAUGGGCGUCAAGGAGACGCGUUCGAUUCCCUGCCUCAUGCAACUGCGAGGACACAUGCCACUGGCGAUGCACUUUCUCUACGAGACACAUUACUACAGCGAGAGACGUGAAGUCACCGAUGCAGCAUUGCAGCGUUUGCAACAGAAAUUGAGCCUGCAAUUUGAACGUUUGUUGCAACAAAAUCAUCUGCAGUUGAGUGCAGAAGAACAGGCCUAUGUGCUGGAAGAAUUGCGUAGCCUGCGCCUUAAGAUAGGCAACUUGCCACCGCGUUUGACCAUGCAACAACUGUUGGAGUAUUACAAGGAUCUGCAAUUGCACGAUAACGAUUUCUAUGGCAACAAGUUGCAGCUGCUGCAAUUCUAUCAACGACGUGAACAACAAUUGUUGGCCAAUAAGCCAACUUGGGAUUAUUAUCAGCAGGAUGCGUUUGUGGCACGUAGCUCGUCGCCGGUGAAAAUCUUUCAGAAUGCCGUGUUGCUGCCACACGGCUACUUGCAACUGCCACUGUACGACGCACGUCUCUCGCAGCUGCUGCAACAUGCCCAAUUGGGUUUCAUUCUGGCCCAUGAGCUGCAACAUGCCUUUGACCUCUUUCACAUUGUCUACGAUGCAAGGGGCAACUACAACACAACAGGCUUGGCGGUCUUGCAACAUUUUGCCAACUUCAGCAGCUGCUACACAAGUGUCCACAAUGCUCAACAGUUGCUGCUCUCGGAGAGCAUGUCGGAUAUUGUUGGUUUACGCCUCGCCUUUGCCUCCUACUUUGAUCAUGUUGAAAGCGUUGACAAACACUCGCUACUCCAACAACAGCAGCUGUUUUUUAUCAACUCGGUGCAGUUCCUGUGUGCCAACAUGCAACAGAUAAGGGCUGAUAGCAUCACGGAGGAUGUGGAGCAUGGAAUGCACAAUGAACGCGUCAAUCGCAAUUGGCCACAACACGAGCACUUUGCCAAGGCUUUCAACUGCACAGUGGGCCAGGCCAUGUAUCAGCCGCACAGUUGUCGUUUGUGGUGAAGCCCCAAGUGGAAGCCACAAGGGGUUGGGGUGGGGGGUGGAGGUUGAUAGAGGAAUAUUGCGUGUGUUUAAUAAAGCGAAUAUCGAUUAACUAUAAA